UUUUCAGUUCAAAUUUUUUUGGCGUCACUUUUUUCUUAAUUCUGGUUUUAUAUCGGUUUUCGUAAAUCUCCGGAGAUUUCGUUUUUUGUUGUUUUUUAUUUUAUCAUUUAUCUGUUAUUUAUUUGUUUCAUUCGUUUUUUAUUAUUUUUUAUUCGUUUCCCCCUUGCUGCGAGCGCGCAAAAACUAAAAAUAAAAUUUUUUGAUUUUUAUAAAAAAUUCUAAUUUUUUCAAAUUGAAGGCCCGCUCCUCCUGGACGUGCGAACUGGCUGGCCCUAAUGCGUGCUCUACAUUGGUGGCAGUGUUCAACAUCUGGUGGUGGCUUCCUCUAAACGGUGAUUUUUUCCCUAGUUUAUUUAAAAAAAAUAAUCUUUUUUUUAUUUUAAUGUAUGUUCUUCUUGUGGUGGCCUUUGGAGAAUAUGCUACUGGUGCCCAUGAUCUUCGUGGUGGCCGGUUUUUAAAAAUUUUUAAUUUUAAAAUAAAAUAUUAUUUUUUAUUUUUUUUUAUAAAUUUUGCUUUGGUGGUAGCUUGCUAUGGUGGAUUGGUGGCUUGCUAUGGUGGCAUGGUGGUGCUUUGGUGGCUUGCUAUGGUGGCAUGGUGGUGCUUUGGUGGCUUGCUAUGGUGGCAUGGUAGUGCUUUGGUGGUUGAAUAUGGUUCUGGUGUGCCAGGUUCUACUCCAGGCUCCGUGCGUGCUCUACUAUGGUGGCUCCUCUACAUGCUCUUCCUCGUCUUCUACGCUGCUCGUCUGGUAAAUCUUCAAAUUUUUAAAUGAAAAAUCGCAUGCUAUAAAACUGCGCACGCGAAAGACCUCUUCCUUUUUUCACUUUCUUGUUUUAUCGUCCUUGUCUUUAUUGUACUUUGUUUUUUCAAUUUUCUCAAUUUUACGAAAUUUUAGAAAAUUUUAGCUCAACAUGUGUGGCAUUGCAAAAGAGAAUGUGCUUCGGUGGAUGCCGAGUUUUUACAGGUU